AUGGCCGCAAAGCGCAAGGCUUCGGCCCUAUCUGCAGGCCCUGACCAGGAGCCUGUAGAUCCUACUGAUGAAGUCCUCUUCUAUUGCCUUGGUGGCGGAAACGAGGUUGGAAGAUCAUGCCAUAUCAUCCAGUACAAAGGGAAAACGGUCAUGCUCGAUGCUGGAAUGCACCCUGCUAAAGAGGGCUUCGCAGCACUUCCCUUCUUUGAUGACUUCGAUCUCAGUACGGUAGACAUACUUCUCGUCAGCCAUUUUCACUUGGACCACUCGGCCGCCCUUCCAUAUGUGCUUAGCAAGACGAACUUCAAAGGCAGGGUAUUCAUGACUCACGCCACAAAGGCCAUCUACAAGUGGCUAAUUCAGGAUAACGUCCGAGUGAGCAAUACAUCGUCUUCGUCCGAUCAAAGGACAACACUCUACACAGAGCAGGAUCAUCUAUCUACGCUACCUCUCAUUGAGGCCAUCGAUUUUAACACCACUCAUACGAUCAACAGUAUUCGCAUCACGCCGUUUCCUGCCGGCCAUGUUCUGGGUGCCGCCAUGUUUCUUAUCUCCAUCGCUGGGUUGAAUAUUCUCUUUACAGGAGAUUACUCGCGUGAAGAAGACCGCCACCUAAUUUCGGCAGAAGUUCCCAAAGGGGUUAAGAUAGAUGUAUUGAUUACGGAAUCAACUUUUGGCAUCUCGUCCAACCCCCCUCGAUUAGAACGAGAGACAGCUCUAAUGAAAUCAGUCACGAAUAUUCUAAAUAGAGGCGGGCGGGUAUUGAUGCCAGUGUUCGCGUUGGGUCGCGCUCAGGAGCUGCUGCUAAUAUUGGACGAUUAUUGGAGCCGACAUCCGGAACUACAGAAAAUCCCAAUCUACUAUAUCGGAAACAUGGCCCGCAGGUGUAUGGUCGUUUAUCAGACUUACAUAGGGGCCAUGAACGAGAAUAUCAAGAGGCUGUUCCGACAACGAAUGGCGGAGGCAGAGGCCAAAGGAGAUAAAAGUACAAGCGCUGGCCCGUGGGAUUUCAGGUUUGUGAGAAGUGUCAGAAAUCUGGAGCGAUUUGACGACAUGGGUGGAUGCGUUAUGCUUGCAUCCCCCGGUAUGCUACAAACCGGAACUAGCCGGGAAUUACUUGAACGAUGGGCUCCCAGUGAACGAAAUGGCGUCAUAAUGACCGGAUACAGUGUUGAGGGUACGAUGGGCAAGCAGAUUCUCAAUGAACCCGAACAAAUUCCGGCUGUGAUGAGUGCAAGAGCCGCCAUUGGUGCGGGCCGUGGCAGGAUGGCAGAUGGAGACGAGGAGAAGAAGGUCAUGGUCCCGCGUCGUUGCACCGUGGAAGAAAUUAGCUUCGCCGCUCAUGUUGAUGGCGUCGAGAAUCGGGAAUUUAUCGAGGCCAUCGCGGCUCCAGUUGUGGUACUUGUGCACGGCGAAAAACAUCAGAUGAUGAGACUAAAGUCCAAACUUCUGAGUUUAAACGCAGAGAAGACAGUGAAAACCAAGAUAUACACCCCUAUGAAUUGCGAAGAAGUUCGAAUUCCUUUUACGGUAGACAAAGUUGCCAAAGUUGUCGGCCGUCUUGCUGAAACUCUGCCACCAACCACUCUGGAGGAAGAUUCCCGACUCAUGAAUGGUGUUCUUGUACAAAACGGGUUUCAGCUGUCAAUGAUGGCGCCAGAAGACCUGAAGGAGUAUGCGGGGCUGACUACGACAACGAUCACGUGUAAACAGCAUAUUACUCUAAGUACCGCUAGCAUUGAGUUAAUUCGAUGGGCUUUGGAGGGAACGUUUGGGUCGAUAGAGGAAAUAGGUGCACACCAUUCCGCCUUUGAUCCCAGCAACGAUACAGCCCAGGAUUCUGAGGUGGGCAAGAAAGAAGAAGCCGACGAAGAGAUUCCGUUCGACACAACGACAUCAUACCUUAUUAUGGGCUGCAUUAUCUUCAGAUACAGUCGACGCACUAAGGUCGUGGAAUUGGAAUGGGAAGGCAAUCUAAUGAAUGAUGGUGUCGCCGAUGCUGUGAUGGCGGUUCUGCUAACAGUUGAAAGUAGCCCCGCAGCCGUUAAGCGCUCGAGCGAAAACAAGCAUUGCCACUCUCACCAUGUGGCAGACCUACCUAACCCCCAUUCCUAUCUCACACCAGAAGAACGACUGGCGCGGCUGCUAAUACUCCUUGAAGCCCAGUUUGGCCCCAACAUCGCCCCAAUAGAGCACCCAAGGGCAAACAAGGACCAGGGUUCUCCAAACACCCAGGACGCGCAGGAUGAUGAUAUUGAAGAUAUCGAGGAGGCAGAAUUGCUUCGCCUUCAAACCCUGGGGAUACCGGUUCCUGGCAUUGAAAUUACUGUGGAUAAGCAUGUCGCCCGUGUCUGGCUAGAGACCCUGGAAGUGGAGUGCUCGUAUCCUGUGCUGCGUGACAGGGUACGGGUUGUUGUAGAGCGGGCAGCAGAAACGGUGGCCGAUAUGUGGAGUUCAAAGGCGGCGUCGCUCAAGAAGGGCUCAGCGAAGGCGCAGCAUGUGUAG